GAAGCCCCUCCAAUAGCUGUUUCAACAUCAGAAGAAAUGGGCUCCCAAGAGCCCCAAGUUCCUGUUAGCCUUUGUGCUGAAAGUGCUGUGGACAUAUCUGAAAGUGGAGGUGCUCGAGGCCCAGAGAUUCCUUUUGCCAGCACCAGCUGGGCACAGGCCCAGGGUCACCGCCGCAGCUGUUCUCGUGGCAGAAGUAUCGAAAAGUCAAUGCGAGCCAUGAGUGUAAAGUGUGAUGAACCUUACGCAAUUGAGGAACAGUUUCUAUUGCGUCUGCCUUCAGAACAUGCUUGUGCUGUCAGAAAGGUUAUACAUUCUAGAGGUGCUGCCAAGAAGAAUAAACUAAAAAUUGACUUUUCUGCUGAUGGCCACAGUGCAGUUGUUCAGGUCGACAAUGUCUCACUGCCUGCUAAGCUGGUUAAUUUGCCUUGUGUUGUUGGAAGCCUGAAAACUGUUGAUAGAAAAACAUUUUAUAAAACAGCAGAUAUUUCUCAGAUGCUGGUAUGCAGUGCUGAUGGUAAGCCUCACUCUUCUCCAGAAGAGCAUGUUACCUCUACUGAUCCUUUUGCAACUGGCAAUGGUGAUGGGAAGACAGAGGAAAAAAAAUAUAACUGGAAGCAUGGCAUUACUCCACCACUUAAGAAUGUCAGAAAGAAAAGGUUCCGGAAUACAACCAAAAAGCACCCAGAUGUCAAACAAAUGGAUGACUUCCGCUUUAAUGAGUACAUUAAAUCUCCAGAUGUGAAAAACGAAGUUAAGAGACUGCUGCGCUCCGAUGCUGAAGCCAUCAGGGUCCGCUGGGAAGUCAUUAAAGAUGAUGAAACAAAAGAACCAGAAAGUCAUGGGUGCAUCCCAAGCAUUUCAGGAUCCCCACAGAUGAGUGGUCUUAGCGCAUCAGAAUAUGAUAAGCUUGGGGAGAUGGCUGAUGAUUCUGGCAGUAACAGUAAUGAUGUGGAAGAUAAGAAUGAUAAAAUUGAAGAAGAAGAAGAAGAAGAAGAAGAUGAUAAAGAUGAAGAAAAUGAUAAAGAGAUAAAAGAACUGGAGACUGACAAUUCUGAAGAGGAAUUAGAAAGAGAGCUGCAAAUCAAAUUUAUGCAAUUCAGCCUCUAUGGAACCAGUGAAGAUUACAGUUCAAUAAUCAUGGGAAUUCGGAAACUGAUUCAUUACAAAGAAAAAAACCUCACACGGAUUUAUAAAAAAGCACAGCGACAGACAGAAUUCCUUGAGACUUCGGACAACUUUACCCUUAAAAGGUACUUUGAGAAUACUUUGCGGCACCUUAGCAAAUUGGAAAAACAAAAGUGUGAGCAGAUUUAUCACCUACAGGAACAACUGAAAUGUUUUUUGAAGGAGUAA